CUUCUAAAUGGGGUUUUCCCAAGAAACCUGCACUGACUCCUGGGAGUCUUCGAAUCCACAAAAUGCUCCUGAUACAGUCACCGAUGACUACUACGACUAUAACAAGCUCAAGUUCAGAAGCACUUGGAGAAAAAUGCUCUGGAUGAUUGGGUCUGCCUGUAUCUCCCUGCCUCGCCGCCGGCGGAACGCCGGGGUGAUGAUUCAGGGUCAAGGCAAAAACAAGGCGUGGCUACUGGCGGAGUCCGGCGGUUGUCCGGCGGAGUCGACGAAUGCCGACCCACAAUCGGUUCACUCAUCUUUCAGGUUCAACAUAUGUUCUCAGGUUGAGCUGGAAUCUUUGGAAAUGAGUUCUUCCGCUGCUGCGACAGUCUUGAUGGUGAAUUUGGAUAAUGGGGUGAGUGAAUCUGGAGCUCGGGAGCUAAAAUGGUGGAGAAUAGAUUCAUUGAAUAAGAGCAUAUUGCCAGUGACCAAUACUCUGAUCAGAUUCAACUACAGUGAAAUCCUGUCUGCUACCCAGAAUUUCUCCAAAGGCAGAGUAUUGGGAAGAGGGGCGUUGAGCUGUGUUUUCAGAGGAAAAAUUGGACUUCUGAGGAGUGCCGUGGCAAUUAAGAGACUGGACAAAGAAGACAAGGAGUGCGCAAAGUCAUUCUGUAGAGAACUGAUGAUUGCUAGCUCUCUUCACAACCCAAACGUUGUUCCUCUUGUGGGGUUUUGUGCUGAUCCAGAGGAGGGUUUGUUUCUGGUCUACAAAUUUGUCUCAGGAGGCAGCUUAGAGCGCCACUUGCAUGGGAAGAAGAAGGGUGUAAAGGGAAAUUCACCACUGCCUUGGUCUGUGAGAUAUAAAGUUGCAGUUGGGAUCGCCGAAGCAAUCUCUUAUCUGCAUAAUGGAACUAAAAGAUGUGUUGUUCACAGAGACAUUAAGCCCUCUAACAUUCUUCUUUCCUCUAGAAAGUCUCCCAAGCUAUGUGAUUUUGGAUUAGCUACAUGGACUUCAGCACCUUCGAUUCAUUUCCUUUGCAAAACGGUUAAAGGAACAUUUGGCUAUUUGGCUCCUGAGUAUUUCCAACAUGGGAAGGUGUCAGAUAAGACUGAUGUUUAUGCUUUUGGAGUGGUGUUAUUGGAACUCAUAACUGGUAGGAAGCCCAUUGAAGCAGAAAGGCCACCAGGAGAAGAGAAUUUAGUCUCAUGGGCUAAACCAUUGCUUCAGAAAGGGAAAGAAGCCACUGAAGAACUGCUUGAUCCUCAACUCAAUUACACCUUAAAAUCCUCAAACCAGAUAUCUCGUAUGAUUGAAGCUGCAGCAGCCUGUGUCACAAACGAAGAAUCUCGCAGACCCGGCAUUAACGAGAUCAUCGCAAUCCUGAAAGGUCAAGAACCAGUCUUCUCUAAAAGGAGGAAGCCAUCUUUCCGUGUUAAUGGAUCCGUAUUUGAUUCUUAUACUCAGUUACAAGAAACAAACACAGAGAUUAAAAGUCACUUGGCUUUGGCUAUGUUGGGCAUUUCAGAGUUUGAAGAUGAUGAUUACCUCUUUGGUCGCUAAAACAUGACAGCUUAGAAAUAUUUAAGUGGACUUGACAUGCUGAAGACAGAUAGACUAAACUAAUCAUUAGUUAAACUGCAAAAGUUUAUAAUCAUAUCAUUGGUUUAGUCUAAUGAUAAUUUUGUAAAUCAGGUAUGCUUACGAAUCUGCCUUUUUUUUUUAAAUUUUUUUGAUAGGAUUAGAUGUGGAAAAGUGUUGACCUUUUGUAUAUAGAUAGGAGCUCAAAGGAAGAUUGUUGGGUUUAUAUCUUCCAUUUGUCCUUUUGAUUCUCUUAAAGGGUGGAGUGUGAUGGCUUUUUCUUUGUUUUUUUUUUUUUUUUGGCUUUUUUCCUUUUGGUCGGAAGACUUUUAUUUGUACGAGAUUGUUGUAAGUUGAUGGUUCUGAAGCAUUCAUGUUUAAGAAUGAGUAGUGGGAUUUUCAUUU